AAUGAUGGAGCAGAUAGCGACCUCCCAAAACACUUUAAAAGUGUAUACAAAAUGUGUAAAUUUUGCUGCUGUGAAGCAUCGAAAUCAACGUCGGCUUGAUGCAGACGAAACGCCGUACAUUAAUCACCCGAUCGGUGUUGCUUACAUUCUCACUGAGGCAGGAAUAUCCGAUCCGGAGGUAUUGCAAGCAGCCAUCCUGCAUGAUACGGUGGAGGAUACGGAUGCUACAUUUGAGGAGAUUGAAUCCAUGUUUGGACACAAUGUGUGCUCCAUUGUGCGAGAAGUAACGGAUGAUAAAUCGUUACCUAAACAGGAGCGGAAACGCCUACAGGUCGAGCGUGCCGCUGGCAAGAGCCACCAGGCAAAGCUGGUGAAGCUUGCGGAUAAAAUAUACAAUUUACGUGAUUUGCAACGCUGCAAACCGAAGAAUUGGACAGACGACAGGUGUCGUGAAUAUUUUUGCUGGGCAAAACAGGUUUGCGACAAUCUUAAAGGGACGAACGAAACGCUGGAAUCUAUUUUGGAUGAUAUAUUUCGGCAGGAGAAUGUCAAUUAAAGUUACAAGUUUCUACUUAACCAGUAAAUAGCAAACCGUACAACGAAACGGCAAUAAAUUGGAGGCUGGGUACAGUUUUUAGGAUUUCUGGUGAUUCUUCAAAAACUCCAACAUAUACUGUUGCAAGGCAGUUGCUUCCUCAACCGUUACCGCAUUGUACAGAGAGGCACGGAUGCCACCGACCGAACGAUGACCUUUCAGCUGCUGCAUGCCGAGCGCUUCUGCACCUUUUAGGAAUUGUUUUUCCAGCUCUUCGUCUCCGU